AUGAGCGAUCCACAGACCAGCAUGGCUGCCACUGCUGCUGUCAGUCCCAGCGAUUACCUGCAGCCCGCUGCCUCCAGCACCCAGGAUUCCCAGCCGUCUCCCUUGGCUCUGCUUGCUGCAACAUGCAGCAAAAUUGGGCCUCCCGCUGUUGAGGCCGCUGUGACGCCUCCUGCUCCCCCACAGCCCACACCCCGGAAACUGGUCCCUAUCAAACCUGCCCCUCUCCCCCUCAGCCCUGGCAAGAAUAGCUUUGGAAUCUUGUCCUCCAAAGGAAACAUACUUCAGAUUCAAGGGUCACAACUGAGCACAUCCUAUCCUGGGGGUCAGCUGGUGUUCGCCAUCCAGAAUCCCGCUGUGAUUAACAAAGGGACCCGAUCCAAUGCCAACAUCCAGUACCAGGCAGUCUCUCAGAUUCAGGCGAGCAGUGGCCAGACCAUCCAAGUACAGCCCAAUCUCACCAACCAAAUCCAGAUCAUCCCUGGCACCAACCAAGCCAUCAUCACCCCCUCACCAUCCGGGCACAAGCCCGUCCCCAUCAAGCCAGCCCCUGUCCAGAAGUCAAGUACAACCCCCGCCCCCGUGCAGAGCGGGGCCAGUGUGGUGAAGCUGACAGGCGGGGGCGGCAACGUGACACUUACUCUGCCUGUCAACAACCUUGUGAACACCAGCGACACCGCGGCCUCCACGCAGCUCCUGGCGGAGAGUCCUCCCAUCCCGCUGUCCAAGGCCAACAAGAAAGCCAGGAAGAAGAGUCUUCCCGCCUCCCAGCCCUCGGUGGCUGUGGCUGAGCAGGUGGAGACGGUGCUGAUCGAGACCACAGCGGACAACAUCAUCCAGGCAGGGAACAACCUGCUCAUUGUGCAGAGCCCAGGCGGGGGCCAGCCCGCUGUGGUCCAGCAGGUGCAGGUGGUGCCCCCCAAGGCCGAGCAGCAGCAGGUGGUGCAGAUCCCCCAGCAGGCCCUGAGAGUGGUGCAGGCAGCUUCUGCCACCCUCCCCACUGUCCCCCAGAAGCCCUCCCAGAACUUUCAGAUCCAGGCGGCCGAGCCCACGCCUACUCAGGUCUACUUCCGUACGCCUUCCGGCGAGGUGCAGACGGUCCUCCUCCAGGACAGCUCCCCGGCGACGGCUGCACCCACCUCCACCACCUGCAGCAGUCCCGCACCCCGGGCUCCCCACCCGAGCGGGACCAGCAAAAAGCACUCGGCCGCAAUUCUCCGGAAAGAGCGGCCCCUGCCAAAGAUCGCCCCCGCCGGGAGCAUCAUCAGCCUGAACGCAGCCCAGCUGGCGGCGGCGGCCCAGGCCAUGCAGACCAUCAACAUCAAUGGUGUCCAAGUCCAGGGUGUGCCUGUCACCAUCACCAACACCGGCGGCCAGCAGCAGCUGACGGUGCAGAAUGUGUCCGGGAACAACCUGACCAUCAGUGGGCUGAGCCCCACGCAGAUCCAGCUGCAGAUGGAGCAGGCCCUGUCCGGGGAGGCCCAGCCCGGGGAGAAGCGGCGCCGCAUGGCCUGCACGUGUCCCAACUGCAAGGAUGGGGACAAGAGGUCCGGAGAGCAGGGCAAGAAGAAGCACGUGUGCCACAUCCCCGACUGCGGCAAGACCUUCCGGAAGACGUCCUUGCUGCGGGCCCACGUGCGCCUCCACACCGGCGAGCGGCCCUUCGUCUGCAACUGGUUCUUCUGCGGAAAGAGGUUCACGCGGAGUGACGAGCUCCAGCGGCACGCUCGCACCCACACAGGGGACAAACGCUUCGAGUGUGCCCAGUGCCAGAAACGCUUCAUGAGGAGUGACCACCUCACCAAACAUUACAAGACCCACCUGGUCACGAAGAACUUGUAA